AUGAUGAACGUUGAAGUAGAAGUAAUCUCCACGGAGAUUAUCAAACCAUCUUCUCCAACCCCAAACCAUCUUCGUCGUUACCAGUUCUCCUUUCUUGAUCAAAUAACUCCUCCAAUUUAUACCUCUUUGGUCCUCUUCUAUGAAUUCAAUGGUGAGACGCCACCCCCCACCGUGGCUGAUAUAUCCAAACACCUAAAGAAGUCCUUAUCUGAGGUGUUAACCCUUUUCUACCCACUAGCCGGGCGAGUCAAAAUCGACAACCAUUUUGCAGACUGCAACGACGAGGGUAUACCCUACUUUGAGGCUCAAGUAACCAACUGCCGACUUUGUGAUUUUCAACAAAGUCCAAUGUCUGGUGAACUCCACAAACUCACCCCGUUUGAACUACGUGAUCAUGACAAUAGUGAGUUUGCCUUAGGCGUCCAGCUCAAUAUCUUUGAAUGUGGAGGAUUUGCCAUUGGUCUAUGCAUUUCCCACAAGUUGGCAGAUGGGUUAUCUAUGGUCAUGUUCGCCAAUACUUGGGCUGCCAUAACCCGUGGAGAAAAUGAAACCAAAAUAGAGCGUCCAAAGUUUGUUUCCGCCACACUCUUCCCACCCGCCAAUGAUGUCACUGGCUAUGGUAUGUUCGGUGAUAUCCCAACGAAUAAAGUAACAAAGAGGUUUGUGUUCAAUGCCCCUACCAUAGAAGAUCUCAGAGAAAAAUAUACAGGCUUAGCGGAAGGUGAUCGCGAAAAACGUCCUUCGCGUGUUGAAGCCGUAUCCACUUUCAUAUGGAGGCGAUUUGCAGAAGCUACCAAGGUUGAUUAUUCUAUUGAUGAGAAUAGGUUUCAUGGGGCUGUCUAUACUGUGAACAUGCGUUCCAGAAUGGAUCCACCAUUGCCACGCUGUUCAUUUGGAAAUUUUUAUCAAAUUUUCCUUACAACCCCCGUCAUCAGCAGCAGCGGAGUCGAUGAUCACGAAUCUUGUCAUGACAUGGUAAAGCAGGUACGAGAAGAAGCAAGCAAGAUUGACAAGGACCAUGUGAAAAGGCUACAAAAGGGUGAGCACCGGAGUUACAUCAACCGAUUUCUUCAAAAGUUUGCCAGACAAGGAACGCUUGUUCCGUUGUCCUACAGUAGUCUGUGCAGAUUUCCUCUCUAUGAUAUUGAUUUCGGUUGGGGGAGACCUACAUGGGUGGCCGUACCGCCGCUGCCCUAUAUGAACCUAAUAUGUUUAGCUGACACGAAAGAGGCUGGCGGAAUAGAGGCAUACGUUAGCCUCCCAGAUGAUGCCAUGACAAAAUUCGAAAGUGAUGCCUUCAUCCAAAGACGGAUGAGCAUGAGUUGGGUUGGUUCUGCAGGAUCAAACAUAACAGGCCACCGGGCUUGCGGGCCAGACUCUAAUCAAGCUGAAAAUUUUAGCACCCGAAUCCUACCAAAGUACCAAACUAAACCAAUUAAACUCAGGUCGAGUUCGGUUUUAUUCGGUAUACUUCGAAAGCUUUUGAAAAAAUAA